AUGGAGCCGUCAGACACGCCCGCCGCCGCCGCCGCCGCCGCCGCCGCCGAGACGCUGGAGCAGAUGCAGGCGCGCCACCGCCGGGAGCAGCGCGACCUGCAGGGCCGCGUGACCAACAAGAAGAAGAGCGCGACCAAGAAGACGCGCAAGGGCGUCGGCGACGAGUGCGCGGAGCUGGAGCGCCGGCUGCGGGAGAGGCAGGCCGAGGAGCUGCGGCGGCUCGGCGGCGGACAGGAGGAGGAGGGGGAGGAGGGGGAGGGAGACGAAGAGGAGAAGAAUGGGGAGGACGACGGGGCAGAGCAGAGGCAAGGACAGGUCACGGCCGGGGUCAACGGCCUGUCGCUCGGCGACACGACCGCAGCACAGAGACAGCAGGCGUCACCCACUGCCACUACCACCGCAGGCGCGGCGGCAGGAGCAGGAGGAGGAGGCGGCGGCGCCGGGGGCAAGAAGCGCAACCGGCAAAAGGAGCGCCUGGCCCGCCGCGCCGCGGAGCAGGAGGCCGCCGCCGCCGCCGCCGAGGAGGAGGCGGCGGGCAUGGUGGACCACCGCGGCCGCGAGAGCGCCUACAUGCGGCGCGAGAUGGCGGCGCACGGCCUCGUCGAGAAGGACAUCCGGCCCGACGGGCACUGCCUGUUCUCGGCCGUGGCGGACCAGCUGCUCGGCGGCGGCGAGGAUGUAGGAGGAGCAGGGGGAGACGAGGUGGAGCCGUACCGGGCGGUGCGCAGGGCGGCGGCCGGGUACAUGCUCGAGCACGCCGACGACUUUGCGCCCUUCCUCGAGGAGCCGCUGGGCACGUACGCGGCGCGGAUACGCGACACGGCCGAGUGGGGCGGGCAGCUCGAGCUGGCGGCGCUGGCGAGCCGGUACGGCGUCGAGAUCCGCGUGCUGCAGGACGGGCGGACCGAGGUCAUCGAGCCGGCGGCGGGCGACGGAGGAGCAGCAGCAGGAGGAGGAGCGGGAGGCAAGAGGAAGACGGUGUGGCUGGCGUACUACCGGCAUGGGUACGGGCUGGGCGAGCAUUACAAUUCGCUGAGGAAGGCGCCGCCUGCUUAG